AUGAAGGCGGAAUCAGAUAAGAUAUGCGGCUCAUGCAUGGGACUGAUAACCAACAUCUCAACAGGAGAUUUCCGGCACACUAAAGAGCUUGACUGGCAUCAAAACACAAAGGCGCUCAUCGAAUCCAAGAAAACGUGCCAAAUAUGUGCAACUGUUUGGGACUUUUUCCUAGGACCAAACCGGGACGCAGUUGUGGAAAGGUUUGAGGAUGUUAACCACCAAGAUAACUUCCCGGUCUCGUUACGACUUUCGGAUGCAAAAUCAACAGGCGAGACACCGGGAUUAACAUGGGCAACUCUAGAUACCACGCUGGAAGUUAAGCAGCGCGCCUUUCAGUACCUCGCCGAUGGAAACAUCGGAGUCUCGAUUGAGACAUCCGAAGACCAACCUAGUAAGCCGUUUCAUCAUUCAAACCAUGCCGAGAUUGAUAAUGGGCAGCCGUUGAUUCAGAACGACUAG